AUGAGAUCAUCUCCUUCUACGACACUCUCACCGAUGAAUCCGCCGCAAGUAUCGUACAGCGAUCUUUCUCCCUUCGGACGUGUUGUGGCCGGAACGGUGGAAAUAUGUUUUAGCACACUGCUUGAGUACUUUUCGGGCUUUAUGGGUGGCUAUUUUCUCGGAACUUUGACAGGUAUCCCGAGAUUGGUGGCGACACCGAUCCAACCAGAGAUCCAGCAAACAUUCUUUCGAGAGCUGUCGGCCCGCACCGUACGAAUGCAUGGUAAAAGUUUUGGUUGGGCGAAGCAAUGGGGUGGAAUCUCAGCCGCUUUUGGAGGAUUCCGAGUGGCCACUAAAGUUAUUCGUGGCGGCGUAGAGGACGAGUGGAAUACAAUCAUGAGUAGUAUGGCAGCGGGAGCGUAUUUUGCUCGAAAAGAAGGACCUACAGCCAUGAUUCGGGGUGCUGUCGUUUAUGGAGGUUUUAUGUAUCUUCUAUCUGGUGGACUGUUCGCCAAAAAGGAGCCGUUUCAGUACGAAGAAAGACCAAUCGACUUUUAA